GCAUUGCCAUACAUACACCAUGCAAUGCUUAAUGACAAACAUGGAAGUUGUUUUGUGAAUGUAUUUCUUUAAAGUCAAUGUCAAUGCAUAUAUCGUUGUUCGUUGUCAACGCAUUCCACGAUAAUCCUGCCAGAGGCAAUUUCCAUUUCAAUAAAUCUCGCACCUCCACGUUGAUUUCGCGAUAUACCGUUCCGCGUUCCAAGUACGCAGAGUGCCCAAUAUCGUCCUAUCGGCAGAUGCAGAAGCUGUGUUGUUCGUGGGGAAGCAAAUAAUUACUUAACAUAAUUUCAUGAACGAAAAGCAUUAAAAAAUAUUUGCCUGGCCAGGUGGUCCUGGAAGGUUGUUUUUCUUCAACUUAAGUCAUUCCAACUUAAAAGUACGUAGUUCAACAUGUCAAAUAAUGAUAACGAGUCAGAUGUGGAAUAUUCUGAAACUGAGGAAUGUGGUUAUGAUGAUUAUUACAAUCCUUGUAAUGAUGCAGAUAAUGAAACCAUGAACCAAAAAAAAUGUGAUCCAGAACAUUUUGAAUUUGAGUGUCUAACAGUAGAUCAGGUUGACAGAUUACUUAAUGAACUGGUUGAAACUUUAAGCAGUAGGCUUAGAUUAACACCAUCACUUUCAAAGUUACUUUUACACUCUCAUAAUUGGGCCCUAGAUUCCGUCAUUAGAAUGUAUCUAGAAGACUCUUCUCAACUGUUAGUCCAAUCUAAACUUAAACCAGAAAAACCUCCUGUGGUGAAAACCCUGUCAAAAACUCUAGUUUGCCCCAUAUGUAUUAUGAUGCUACCCAAAGACGUCUUUUGUGGGAUUGGAUGCAGCCAUCUCUUUUGCAAGGGAUGUUGGAAUACCUAUCUUGAAACUCAGGUCAUGCAUGGUGUAUCUACAGCAACUGAAUGUAUGGGUUGUUCUGUUAUGGCAACAGAAGAUUUCGUUUUGCCUUUAUUAGCCACGCCUCAAUUGAAAGAACGUUACGUUCGUCAUGCCUUCUCCGACUAUGUCAGAUCCCAUCCUGAACUGAGGUUCUGUCCAGGCCCGAAUUGCAACAUAAUAAUUAGGGCAAAAGAAAAUAAAAGCAAGCGGAUAGUUUGCAAUUCUUGCAAGACGACGUUCUGCUUUCGAUGCGGGAGCGAUUAUCACGCACCAACCGAUUGUGAAACUAUUCGACACUGGUUGACCAAAUGCGCAGAUGACAGCGAAACGGCCAACUACAUCUCUGCUCAUACUAAAGUUUGCCCAAAGUGCCAAAUUUGUAUAGAAAAAAAUGGAGGAUGUAACCACAUGCAGUGUUACGGAUGUAAACAUGACUUCUGCUGGAUGUGUCUUGGUGACUGGAAGACCCAUGGAUCAGAAUAUUACCGUUGUUCACGCUACGAGGAGAAUCCGAAUGUAGCCAACGAGUCUUCACACGCAAGGGCCAAAGAAGCCUUGAAAAAAUAUCUCCAUUAUUUCGAAAGAUGGGAGAACCAUGCCAAGAGUUUGCGAUUGGAGGAGCAAACUUUGCAACGCAUUCGUGAACGCAUUCAGUGUAAGGUGAUGACUGGCACGGAUGGUACUUGGAUUGACUGGCAGUGUUUAUUGGAUGCUGCCUCUUUGCUAGCACGUUGUAGAUAUACGCUGCAGUAUACUUACCCGUACGCCUAUUAUAUGGACGCGGGACCCCGUAAAGAAUUGUUUGAGUAUCAACAGGCUCAGCUGGAAGCUGAAAUAGAAAACCUGUCGUGGAAGGUAGAGCGUGCAGAAACCACCGAUCGAGGCGAUCUGGGCAUUCAAAUGGACGUUUGCGAAAAACGCCGUACCACACUUUUGCAAGAUUUUCUGGAAUCGUGAAGUUUUCUGUAAAUCUAAAAAAGGAGAAGGCAUGGAAAAUUUACCAGCAAACUUGUAACUACGAUCGCCAGAUAAUUUUUUUUAAUUAAAUUAUAUUUUUUUUUUGCCUGUAGCUUUAUCGAAAAGUCGAAAUUGCGAUGUGUACUGUCAUUUUGAUCCUUUUUUCGUUCUGCUCAUUUAAAAAUUUUGUCCUCAUCUAUUUCGUUUCGAUUUGUAUGGCGUUUCCCCGUUUAGGUUUUUUUUUUUCUUUUUUUUUGGUUUUUUGUUUCAUCUUUCCGUAGCAAAUUAUUAAACUGAUUAAAUAAAUAACAUUAUCGAUGAAAAUUUUAACACUGUAUUGCGUAAAUUUGAUUGUGGGUUUGUUUUGUGAGACACAAUAUAUAAAUAAUUCGCACAUGAAA